GCCUUUAGGGGGCGUGUUUUGUUGUGGGAGAUCGGUCGUGACGUAAUUCCGGGACACGGCGCCCACGUGUUGAGAGCGCUGCUUCUCGGGUGUGCGUGACGUCACUGUACGGGACCGGGUGAAUUGCCCGCUAUGAAGAUCACCAGGCAAAAACAUGCCAAGAAGCACCUGAGCUUCUACAAGCACAACUUCCGCUUCCGGGAGCCGUACCAGGUGCUGGUGGACGGGACCUUCUGCCAGGCGGCUCUGAAGAACCAGAUCCAGAUCAAGGAGCAGCUGCCCAAGUAUCUGAUGGGGGAAGUGCAGCUCUGCACAACCCAAUGUGUUAUUAAGGAGCUGGAGUCCUUGGGGACGGAAGUGUACGGAGCCAAAUUAAUCGCCCAAAGAUUUCAAGCGCGGAGCUGCGGUCACUCCCAGAGCCCUCUUGGCGGCUCGGCGUGCCUGUUAUCCAUGGUAGCAGAUGACAACCCUCACCAUUAUUUCAUCGCCACCCAGGACCAUGAACUUGCAAACAAAGUAAAAAAAAAGGCAGGCAUCCCCCUGAUGUUCAUUAUUCAGAACACAAUGGUGCUGGACAAACCGUCCCCCAAAUCUGUGGCCCAUGUCCAAGCUGUGCAAGCCGGUCAGCUACUCCCCGAGCAUCAUAAACACAGCAUUGAGCAUUUGAAAGACGAGCAGGGGAUCCCACUAAUCACAGAGCGCAGGGGGAGGAAGAGGAAACGUGUCGGGGGUCCUAACCCCUUGAGCUGCUUGAAAAAAAAGAAAAAUGAUCCAAAACCCACAAGACCAGCUCCUGAGCAACAGAAGAGAAAGAGGAAAAGAAAGCGGAACAAGCCCUCAGGAAAUCCCACUCCACAGACUGCAUAACGGAGCCGAGACCCCCAAGUUAACAGCUUUUGGUGUUGAUAUUUUUUAAAACAAAUUGUAUUAGAUUAGAAAAACAUGGCUGCAUUUUUCUAGAAACAGCGCCACUCUUGUUCAUUGGCAGUUACUGGUAUUACAGCUCGGCUUCGUUCACUGGAAUACCAUACACAACCCUAUGUCACGCUUUUCUAAUCUCGCCCCCAUAGUUUUUAUGGAGUUGUAUUUAUUUCAGUAAAGCAAGGCCUUGUUCACUCUAGCCCUGA